AGGCAGGGGCGGGGUUUGUGCACAGGUGAACGCCGCACAGGUGUAAAGCUAGGGAAAUGUGCGUCCUGAAAAACAAGGCACGCCGCUCGGCGCCGUUACUCGGGCUCUCGGCUCCCCUCCGGUAGGAUAUGGCCCACAGCUGCGUGGGCAACUGCGCGCCGUUGUUCUUCCUCGCUGUUGUUUUUGAUGCAGCUGGUCUGGUCGUGCUCCUGGUCGGGAUUUUCGGCAACCUGAACCUGGACGGCCGCUUCUAUGGGGAUUUCCUCAUCUACACGGGCUCGAUCAUCAUCUUCCUCAGCCUGGUGUGGUGGAUUCUGUGGUACACCGGGAACGUGCAGCUGUACGGGGAGGACCGCGCCGGCUCUCUGGACAUCAGCUUUACGCACUGGGCCAGGAAGCUGUCGGAGAGGCUCUCCAAAGGCGGCGUGAAGUGUCUGGAAGCCGGGGAGGAGAAGAAGAAGAAGAAGAUGAUGAUGAUGAUGAUGAUGGAGGAGGAGGAGAAGAAGGAGAGGAGCAUGGGGAACGGGAAGGAGGUGAACGGGACUGUGCGUGCCGCUGCGCCAUGUCGGGUUACCUGGGAGGGCGGCAGCGGCGGAGCACGGCCGGGUCACGACAACAGAGGGUUUGAUUGGGGGACUGAGGUCCCAUCUCCAGCUGAGAAGAACGUGGAGCUGGGGGUCCUGAGGAGCUCGGACGUGGCUCUGCAGGCAGCAGAUGACAAAGCAGAGAGGCUCCUCUGACAGGACAUGGUGACAUCCAGCUUUCCUGCUGCUGACGGACAGACUUCCUCCACGUGCUGCUUUCCAAAAACUGACUGAAAACCUUGAGCUUAUGAACUAAAGUCACUUUUUUUUUUUUAAAUAAUAGUUUAGACAGUUUCUUGAUCAGGGAAAAGCCCUGCACCCACAGUGAAGAGGAGGGCUGUGCACAGAGGAAGAAGCUGUCUUUAACUUGUAUAGAGCAAAUUUCUAUUUCUUAUGUGCUGGUUUUUGUGACAGAUAUAAAUUAUUUUUCUUGGGAAUAAAGUUUACAUGGAACUGGACGUUGUUGUUGUGUGUUUGUGAAUCUGUUUGAUCGACACAGUGACGCCCAGGUUGAACAAAGAACAAGUUUUUUUUAAUCUUCUCUUCCUUGUCUGUGUUCACCUUUAGUUUCUUAAAUAACUUUCAAAACAAGAGUCCGAUUCGUCUCUCAUCAUCACUUUUUAAAGUCACUUUUUGAAGGUUGUAAAAAGAACUCCAGCUGAUUUCCUGCGUUUUUCUUCCAAAUCAUGCAAAAUAAAAAUGUUUAGGGCCGAAAUCCGCCGAUAUUUCCCACCUUUCCAAAUCCACCUGUGGGGCUGAGAUAAGACCUGGAUCUGUGGCUGUAAUAUAUUUCUGAAAUGAAGCGACAUCCAGCGACAGAGCUGCACAAUCUCUUGUCAUCAUUAAGGAAACAUAUUUCUCCCCCGUCAGUCAUGAGAUGUAGAUAGAGGCAGGAAUGUGACCUGAGCGUUUAAAAAUCUUCCUCCUCGUCAGCGGCUCAGACUCUCAGGCAGCAGCGAGGAGGGAGGAAGCGUUUCUUCUUAUUUUAUUUCCCUUCGUACAGAUAAAGUGUUGAAGCCGUGAAGAGUUGCCUAAACUUCACUCCUGUCAUGGAUUACUCCUCCUAUCUCGGCCGCUGCCUGCUGUUUUUCUUCAUCGCCGUCUUCUUGGACGCAGCAGGCCUCAUCCUCUUCUUCGUCGGCAUCUUCGCUCCCUUGAGCUUCUGGGAUUUCCUCGUCCUCUCGGGGCCCCUCAUUAUGUUUCUCAGCCUGGUGUUCUGGAUCAUCUGGUACCUGGGAAACCUGGAGGUGCCGAUGGAGGAGCUACUCCUCGGAUGAGAUUCACAGCUUCUUCUUCUUUUGCAGCACACAAAGCCAUUUUCUGGCAACUGGGGCUGGAAGAUGAAACCAAAGCUGCAGCUUCAGGUGCAGAUCUUCACAUUUUAAAGCAUCACACGGUCGAGACGUGUUGUAAAGUGAAGAGUUUUCCUUUAGUAAAGUUCUGUUAUUUGCCUUCAGGGGGAAAAUCCUCAGAUUCUACUCGAUCUCACUGCUGGAUCUUUGCUUCACCACCUUCGAAAACAUGGAACUUUACUGUGAAAGGACAAACAUGGAACUUUAAUCUGAAAGGACAUCUGUAUGCUGAUCAGACUUGGGGGGCGAGUUUAGAAACUUUAAAAUGGGUUGGCAGACUGGGCUGCAGUUUUGCAAAUUUAAAGCCCCAAUUCUUUAUUAAUUGUAUUUAAUUAAAUGCGACUAAUAAUGUGACUGAUAGUCACGUUGUUUAUUCAUUAUGUUUCUAGUUAAGGAAUGCCAAAUAAACAACUUGUAUUCUAAUAUGAAAACAUAAUAAAUCGAUCAAUAUUUAUUGUUAUUUGUGAGAACAGGCCCUUGGUUACAGAUGUUUGUAGUCCCCCCAAAGCUUCAGAAGAAGAGUGACGGAGACGGAGACUACGAACAACAAGGCUACAAACAACAAGGCUACGAACAA